CUAUUUAGAGUAUUUUCGAUUUAUCUAAAAUCUAUUAAUUACCGAUAUAAUACAGAAAUUUUUAUUGGUUAAUCUGUUGGGUCAUUCUUUAGGUGUUUGUAUUUUUCGGGUCACUGAUUUAGUUGUAUUCCUACGCGUUGUUAUAAAUUCAGUCAUCUUUUCGCGGUCUUUACAGUUCUUAGACACAUUUUGGUUGAUACAGAUCUUUUUUCGCUAGUCUGUUUAUCUAGUUACCACAGGGUUUUACUGUGCCCGUCUUGUGCUAAAGAAGUUUUCAUUUGUUUGUGGAGCGGUCUACAUAUAUCACGAUGAGUUAGAAAGUUGCAGGGACCAGUUAUUUAUAUAUUGUUUUUGACUUGCUUCUUAUUAGGAAGGUAACUUUUUAUUUGUUUGAAUUGAACAAUGCCUCAGGAAAGGAAAUCAGAAAGGGUUAAAGAUAACCCAGACUAUAAAGCUUUGCAUGAGGGAAGAGAUGUUAUAACACCUACUACAGAUGUUACGAAAAUUUCAACCGCCUCCAAAUUAACUCUUACUCCCCCGCCAAAGAACCCGGAUAAAAGCGGUGAUUUUGAUCCAAUUGAACUUGAGAAAAAAGCUCUCAACGAUAAACUUAAAAGUUUGGCAACUGCUGAAAAGCGUUUGAAAGAACAGGAGGAGUUAUUUGCUUUACGCAGACAAGUUCACGAACGGGAAUUAUACAUACAAUCUCUAGAAAAAUCCGUAGCGACGGUUGCAGGUGUUUCGGAUGUUUCCAAUUCGGAUAUGGGUAUUGUCGGCGGUGCUAGGCCAAAGACGAAAAUUCCACUAAUUUCAUCAGGAUCUUCUACUGAGGUUCGUGGUUUUCAUGGGACAGUUCUGGGAAGGAAAGGUACAACAGAGCAAGCUGACACAUCUGGAUCCAAAGAUAUCACGGUCUACAUCUUGUCAGAUUCAAUAGCUAAGAAUAUAGAGGGAAUUAAUCGUGCUGAAGUGAUUCCUUUUCCGGGGAUUAAUUUGUGCAGAUUAACGGCUAAAAUUGACAAAUUUCAUGCUCUGGUGUCUAAACCUGUUACUAUUAUUCAUGUAGGUACUAAUGAUAUCCAAUUUUAUUCAGCUGAUGAAAUCAUUAGUUUGUUUUGUAAUUUAAUUGCCAGAAUUAGAAAGGUUUCUCAGACACAUUUGAUUUUUUCGAGUAUCCUUCCUAGACCUUGUGAUUAUGAUAUUUCCCAUUGUAAAGUCAAGGAGGUCAAUAAGGGUUUACAGGAGCUUUGCAAACGCAAAAAAUGUCAAUUUGUAGCUUCCUACAGACCUUUUUAUAGGUUUGGUCUCCCUAGGCGAGAAUUAUUUGCAGUUAGGGAUAAAGGUUUACAUCUUAAUUCUGAAGGAGAUGCUGUGCUCAAAUCUGUUUUUAUUAAUACAGUGUCUCAUGUUCUCAAGGGUAAAUUUGCUAUGUAAUAUAUUUAUUUUUCAUAGUAUGAUGUUAUUUUGUGAUUGGUGUUCAAGGAAAUAUAGUUUGAGUUUGUAGAAUAUUAUAUAUUUACAAAUGUGUUCUAGAAUAUGUUUCCUUUGUAAAUUGUGUUGGUGACAACCUUUUGAAAUAGUAAUCAUAUUUCAUGGGUUUUAGUACUGUGUAACAGUAGUCAUGUUACCUGUAUGGCUUGAUUUCUUGAGAAGGAAUUAACUUCUCAGAGUCUCGAGAACCUGUGGUAAGGACCGUGAAGGGUGACUUUACUCUGGUUUUCUCUUAGUCAUAUAAUUUGUAUUCAAUUGCUUUUGUAUAAUGUACAUAUGUAUAUUGUGUUAACUUAAUUUAUAUAUUUGCUUAAUUUAUAUGUUGGAUUCUUAAUAUAUCCACAUGUAUA